AUGUCUAAUAAUGGGGAAAGUUAUUUACUGUCCAUAAAUUAUAUGGGUCAGGAUGUCCAAGUUAUGACUGAAGAUUUUGAUACAGCCAAUUUGCUAUUGAAUGACCAACAUGCAGCGUUUGAAUUUUUAAACAGGUUGGAUCCUGACAAAUAUCCCAUUCCUGGGGGAUCCAGGGAUACACAAGUACCAUUAUUUAACUUUAAUGUGCCACAACAAGAUUUAGGUGAAUCAAGAACUUCUUCUGUUCAAAAUGGUAAAGAAAAUGUCGAAAAUGAAGAGAUAUGGUGCAAAAAAAAGCCAACUGAAAAAGAUUUGAUGGCAACGGAGCUUUUCCUUUCUUUGAGAGAUCAAUAUAAAGAUAAAUUUAAUGAUACCAAAACCACCAAAACAUCCAUUUGGAAAAUUAUUGCAAAAAAACUUAUGGAGGAAAACUACAACCUAGGAAAAGAUCCUGUAGAAAAAUGCCGUCAGAAGUGGGCCAAUCUCCAAAAAAAAUACCUGGAACAUAUGAAACAUUUGAAAACAACGGGUGUGGAAAGAAUAGAAACUCCACCAUUUUUUGACAUUCUUCAUGGAAUAUUAGGAAGCAAAGAUAAAACCAACCCCAGAAUGCUGAUAGAUAGUGAAGACAUCAUCAGCGAAUCUACCUCGGAAGCCACUGAAGUGCCAAGUAUGCCCAAAACAGCAUUAGCUGAAGUCCAGGCUAAAGCAGACAAUCGACAAGACAAAAUAAACGAAAUAAAAAAAAGAUUUUCCAGUACAAUUGUCCCAAAAACAGCUACAGCCAAAAUUUGCCAGAUAAUUAAAGAAGAAAGUGAAAAGGCUAGAAAACAGGAUAAGGAACAAUUUAAAAAACUAGAAGAAAUUCUUGUGACUCAAAAUGAUCAAAGACGAGAAUUUUUGGAUAUUUUGAAAAGAAUAGCUCCAGUCGAGGCUCCCUCUAAAGAACCUCCCAGAAAAAAAAGACGCCCCAACUGUGAAGACUCUGACAGUCACAGUGACUAA